CUGCACUUUGCUGCAGUUUGGACUUGGGAGAUUACAUUGCCUCUCUAAAAGCUUCACCAUGGUUGACGCCUUCUGUGCCACUUGGAAACUGGUUGACAGUGAGAACUUUGAUGAAUACAUGAAAGCACUUGGUGUUGGCUUUGCCACCAGGCAGGUUGGGAAUGUGACCAAGCCGACGGUGAUCAUCAGCCAGGAGGGUGACAAGGUGGUGAUCCGCACCCAGAGCACCUUCAAAAACACCGAGAUCUCCUUCAAACUGGGGGAGGAGUUUGAUGAAGCCACUGCUGAUGACAGAAAUUGCAAAUCCACAGUGACCCUCGAGGAUGACAAGCUGGUCCAUGUCCAGAAAUGGGAUGGCAAAGAGACCAAGUUUGUCAGAGAAAUCAAGGAUGGCAAGAUGAUCAUGAACUUGACCUUUGAAGACGUCCAUGCCGUUCGCUCCUAUGAGAAGGCAUGACUGGUCUGACAGCCUCCUGAACUGGCCAAGAAAUGUUGUUUUUAUAAUUAUUAUUGACUGUAUGCUUCCCUUUGCACUUCAUCCUCCUCCAAAUGUUUUACAACAUGGACUGGACAUGGUUUUGUAAGAAAUUUUUAUAUUACUACCUUGCUGUUGUGAUGGAUGGGUCAUCUGUGCAACCCAGUGCAAGAGAUGAAAUAAAACGUAGAGAAUAAA